AUGAAAAUAAACGAUAACAUAGGAGGCGUGAAGGAUGGGCCCAUUCCUAAUUUGAAGAUAGUGAUUUUGGGGGAUCUGGGGGUUGGUAAAACAUGUUUGAGGUCCCAAUUCAUCUAUCAUAUAUUCACGAAUGCUUACAAGGCGACGAUAGGAGGAGACUAUCUUACGACUACGGUGAUGAUACCAAGAGACGAGGGAUAUGAUAGGAGUCGGAGGCUGGAACAGACGAUGGAAUUACGUGCAGAAAAUGAAGACGAACAUGAUAACAGCGAAGAUACAUUGACGGGGUGUAAGACUAUGCCCGAGAAGGUGAAUUUACAGAUAUGGGACACGGCGGGGCAAGAGAGGUUCAACUCGAUCUCACAGGCAUUUUAUAGAGGUACUGAUGUGGCUAUACUUGUGUACGAUAUUACCAACUAUGAAUCUGUGCUCAGUCUUCGGGACUGGUUAAAACGAUUUAUAGAGCAUUGUCAUGUUGAACGGCCUGGAGUCAUGAUCAUUGGUAAUAAGAUAGAUAAGGAUAGCGAACGAUGUGUGGAUAGAGAUGAAAUACGGGAGAUUUUAAACAAGAACACGGAUAUAAGUAUCGAUUCAUACGUGCGAGAUUGGGAUACCGACUUGCUAGAGGUAAGCUGCAAGAAACGAGAAUUGGUGGAUGAGUUGUUUCAACGGGCAGCCCAAUUGGGGGUUGAGUUGCUGACUAAUUCGGGCGACAAGAAUGCUAAAAAUAUGCUUAGUUUUGAUACUAUAGACCUACAGCAGGGAAUAGGUGGGACUUCUUCUUGCCGAUGCUUAUGUUAG